AUUUUAGUCUACAACCAUUUUGGAACUUUCUACUUCAGGCGGAGUUUCCAUCUGCUGUUUGGACAGCCAUCUGACUGGUUCCAGAGCACUUCUUCUCAUCGCAGAUUCUGCCAUGGGUUGUGGGCUACGAAAGCUGGAAGAGCCUGAUGAUAGCAGCCCUGGCAAAAUAUUUUCCACUCUGAAGAGACCACAAGUGGAAACAAAGACUGACAUUUCAUAUGAAUACCUUUUGUUGGAUUUUACUUUGGACAUUGGUUCAUCAAAUCCAGAUGUUAUUAAGAUCUCCUCUCUCCUGGACCUUAAUUCUAAAUUGGAAGGGUACUACAGGAAGGGAUAUGUUGUUGCCACCAUCCACCCUACAAUUCUUUCUGUGGGGCAAAGGAAACGAUCUCCAUUGAGUUACAUCUAUAGAGUUAUAUUGACUAAAAUGAGAUCAGGUAUAAAGAAGUCAGAACAAGGAGAUCAAAGACACUGCAAGCUAGUUGUUGAAGAAUGGUCUGUAAGCAAUCAAACACUCUCCAGUGAUAUUGUGAAAGGACUGUUAGACAAGGUGAAUGAUUUAGCGAAGAAAGGAAUGAAGUUUGUCGGAUUUUUAAAUCAACUCAGUUCCCAGUCAAAGGACUGCAAUGGUACAAAAUCAUCAAGAGAACUAGAUACAGAUUUGGGACAGGAUGUCUGCUUUAAAUUGCCUGAUCAAAGAAAGCAUAAUACUGAUAAUUAUAUAAAAUGCAAUGAGGGCACUUUGACCAGAAAGCCUGCUGAAUUUGCAGUAGAAAAAGAACACAGGUGCAAUAAAGUCACUAAUGUUUUAGAGAAUGGGCCAGCCCCAGAGGAAGACCUUUUGCAUGGGAGAGAUAAAAGGAUUGGAAACGAAAGCUGUCCUCCUGUUCAACCAAAGGAAGAUUUGAAACUGUUUGCUGUUUUCAAUGUUUCUGAUGAAGACUUCAGUGGGCGGUCCUACCAUGAAGGCAAUAUAUCUCUCAGAGUAACAAGGAAGGGCCAAACUAUCUGUACCAUGGAAGCAGAUUGGUUGGAAAUCACAACAUCUUAUUAUAAAAGUGGAAUGUCAUUGGUUGAUUCAUUCAUAGCCUGGGAAACAAUGAAGGGAGAAUAUUUAUCGAAGUCUGUGGAUGGAAUGUUUAUUUAUGAAGAAAAUCAUUUGGGGGCAGUUGAGUCAAGCAAGAUACCAAAUGAUGCAAUUGUUGUAGAACAGUGGACUGUCAUUGAGGGCUGUGAAGUAAAGAAUGAUUAUGGUCCUUUGCUGCAUACACUGGCAGAGUUUGGGUGGCUGGUUACUUGUGUGCUAGCCACACCUAUCAUUCGCCAUGACAGUGAAGGAAAUUUAGCAACAAAACAAGUGAUAUUCUUACAGAGACCUGCCACACCCAGCCCUGAUCUGCAUCAGGAAACAUCAGAGAAAAAAUCUACUCGGCAAGCAAAAAGCAAUGAAAAAACCAAAAGCUGGAAUAGAAAUGUGGGUGUGACCACCAGUAAAAGUAAGCCUUCAGAAUCAGAGCCUCCUGACGGUUCUUAUACUACUUCGGAAAGAAACUUCUGGAUCAAAGAGCCAUCACAUCAAUAUGGAGGCAUUUCUGGCAUGCCUCGCACUGAUAAUAUUUUCAGAGACUUGGAUGAUGGACAGCUCGAUCAAGAGGAAGAAAUACCUCAAGUUACCUGCAUAUGACACUGCACAGUUCCAUUACAUACAAAAGACAACAGCAUAAAGAAAGGCAACCGGACUUCCUAUCAUGUACUUUGACAGUAGCAAAUAGCUUUGUGAGAUGUGAAUUUUUUUUGUCUUCAAACAGAAAGCUAUGUUUAAAAAUAUGCCCUUUUUUUACUUUUCCAUAAUCUUACAGCAGACGUAUUAACAAAUAUUUCGGCUCUCAGGAUUUAUGCACACCGAUCCAGGCUUCUUUAACAAAUCAUAACUGUCAAUUACGAUUUGACGGUCUUCCCACAGGACUGUUGGAUAAGGAGUUCCAGCAUUUUGACCCAGUGAUGAUGAAGGAAGAUCAACAUGUUUCAAAGCCAUGAUGGUGUAUGACUUGAGGCAAAAUUGCAGGUCGUGCUGUUCAUAUGUGCCUGAUGCCCUUGUCCUUCUAAAUGGUAGAGACCACAGAUUUGGGAAUUGUCAAAGUAGCCUUGCUGCAGUGAAAUCUGCAGACACGGUACAUGAGUGGUGAAGAAAGUGAAUGUUUAAGGUUGUGGACGGGGUGCCAAUCAAGUGGGCUGCUUUAUCCUGGAUGGUGCUGAGCUUGAAUAUUGUUGGAACUGCACUCAUCUAAGCAUAUAGAGAAUAUUCCAUCACAUUCCUGACUUAUGCUUGCAGGAAAGGCUUUGGGAAGUCGGGAGGAGAAUCACCUAGUCUUGCAACCACAGUAUUUCUGUAACUGGUCCAGUUACGUUUCUGGUCAAUGAUGAGUCCCAGAUGUUGAUGGUGGGGGAUUUGAAAAAGGUGAUUCUAUUGAAUUUCAAGGGGAGGUGGUUAAGACUUUCUCUUGUUGGAGAUGGUCAUUGCCCGGCACUUGUUUGCCAUGAAUGUUACUUUCCACUUAUCAGACCAAAUGUGGACAUUGCCCAAGUCUCCCUGCAUGCAGGCACGAACUGCCUCAUUAUCUGAGGAAUAGCAAAUGGAACUGAACACUGAAGCUAAACAUACUGUUGGGAUUAGUAGCUUUUAAUAAUGCACUGAGAACUAUUUAAUAAGAAUCAGUCUGGUACUGGUGUCAAUGCAAAAUUCUCUCAAUUAACGUAUUGAUUUCUUCAGCUCAUCAAGAGAAUAACUUAAACUCCUAUGGUUGAAAGGUAUGAAGAACCAUUGUAUCGACUUGCGCACCGAGUACAAUUUCAGUUGAGGUACUCAGCUGAAUCAGGUACUAAUUUUAAAUCACAAUGGAAAUUUUCAUUCAUGGUUCUGCACAAUGGUCAAUCAUCAUAUUCUAACAUAGAAAAAGUAAUAAGAUUCAUUGUAGCAGCCAGGACAAUAAUUCUAAUGUCAUGGGCCAAAUAGCCUCCUUCUGUGCUAUUAAUGACUCUAUGACUUCUGGUAAAACCACAUUGUCUAGCACCACAGCUAAUCUAAUUAUACGAUACAAAAAUGGGAGCCAUCCUUUUGUUGCACAUCCACCAGUAAGUGAAUCUUUUUAAUAACUAAAAGAAAAGUGUUCCUUUGAAGAGUCUCUUAAAUCAGGGAUUCACAAACUUCUGUGUUAUAAAAGAAAAUCCAUGGAUCCCUUUUAGCAUGACUAUUUUUUCUGUAUAAAAAUUAGUUACAAAUCCUGCAUAUAAAUGUAUUAUUUUUGUUUUCUAAUCAGUCUGUGGCCUUGCCCUCCACCCACCCAACUCCCCCUUGCCCCUCACCCACCCCAUGUAUCUACAGCCUCCUGCAGCCCCUAACAAUCUUUCGAGACCUCUGCACUCCUUCACUUAUGGCCUCUUGCACAUUCUGGAUUUUCAGCACUCCAUCAAUGGCUUCUGUGUCUAUGGUUAGCUGGUCUCAAAGCCCUGGAAUUGCCUUCCUAAACCUCUCCAACUCCCUAUCCCUCUCUCUUCCUUUCAUCCUCUCCUUAAAACCUACAUUUUUGAUUAAUCUUUUUUCUUUCCUGUACUAAUAUCUCCUUAUGUGGCUCAAUGUCAAAGUUUGUUUGAUAACACUCAUGUGAAGUGCCUUGGACAUUUUACUAUAUUGAAGGUGCUGCAUAAGAAAUUGUUGCUGAGACUAUGGGCUUUCCUGGGAUUCUGCAGACAGUGUGCGAGAAAAUUAAUUUGCCUACAAUAACAGAACUGUCUCAGAAUAGACAAAACAGUUCACCUAAGUUGGUUAGGAGUUAUUAGGUAGGUAUUAUAGAUUGUUUCGUGACUGUGUGAAGCUUCAUUGAAUUGAACAUUUUACAAACCCUCACCUUAAGAAAUGCUAGCCCAUCUUGUUGCUCCAUCUGUUUCUGCAACUUUAAAACUUGCUUCUCAAUAGAAUUUAAAUUCUCUUGAAUUUCUCCAAGAUUUCCCUCUAUUGUUUUUAAAAUCUUCUCCUCUUGUUCCCUGCGAUCUCUGAUUAAACACUGCUUUCUCUCAGUGAGAAUCUGGUGAGUCUAAGGACAGAGUUUCACCAAUCUGCCAGGUGGUGGGCUGGGAGGGAAUCGUGGUGGAGAACUGCAGAAAGCUGCAUCAGGACAGCUCCUCAACACAGACCUGCUGCUAGGAGCAGCUGCAUUUUGUCAACGGUGCAGCCGCCAGUUUAACAGAGGUGGAUCCCCUGCAGCAGCCCAGGGGCAGGGGGAGGCAUCAGAGCCAGAGGCUCCAAUGUCCAAAGAGGGGGCUGGAAGCAGAAAAGGCAUACCCUAUAGCCCCAACAGUCUCCCUGGAGGGUUUUGCCUUCUGAUUCUCAGACAGCUGAAUUUUAAUUUUUUUUAUUCAAUUACCUUCUGGAGGCUCGAGGUCUCCUGCUUUCUUCAGCAAUGAUCACGUCUCCUGGUAAUGCUGCUGCUGAGGCUUCAGAGUUGCCCGGCCCUCUGAUUAGGCCAGCAGUAUCAUGAGCCUUUCUGCCAUCCUUGAUUGGAUGGUAGACCCACAGGCAGACAAUUAGGAGGAAACCUGGGGUAAAAUUGUCCGAGCUUGUCCCACUGCCAGCAAAUGCGUGCUCAGAACCCACUAUUCACACUGACGUUGGGGUCCCAAAGCAUGUGGUAAAAUUCAGCCCUAAGUGACAUGUGAUCUGACUAAUCUGAGUUCUCAGAUUAGCAAAAACUUGCUUCCGUCACUCGGAGUGACAAGGAGCUCUGGAAAAUCCUCUUCCUCAGCAGAUCCCCAAAGGAACCUAUCUUUAUCAUUCUAAGUGACAGACGCUCUGGUCAGCUCACUUCCCCUGGAGCUUCUCAAUGGGCUAGAAAGUGGCCAAUCAACGCAGCCAGAAGGCAGGGUUUGCGGAGAUUAUUUCAGUUGAAAGGUGCUUGUGUUCAGAACUAGCUCAAUUGGUUUAAUUGUUUUUUUUAAUUGACAGUGACCUUCAGACAAGGUCAUAUAUUUUGACAUUUCCCUUGAAACCUUCUUGUGGACCCCUAGGGGCCUCCAGAUUCCCAAUUGAGAACCUUUUUCAGAACGAAAAAUUAGGGGUAUAGUCACACCUGGCAAACACUUAGCAUUUCCUGCUGGUUGACCACAGGCUGCCCUGGCAGUAGGUAUGUGGCAACUUUCCAUUGGGCCAGGCAGAUGCAGGAAAAGACUAAAAUGGAGAAAUUUACCAAAAUAAUCUGACAUAAGUAAUUUUUAUAAAAAUCAUUAAUGUUCAAAACACUCCCUACAAUCAGUUUAGAAAAAUCAUUUUGAAUAGUAUUAAGUAUAUACUUAUAUGCAGAAAGAUGUUAAUUAGCACUGUUGAAUUCUUGAUAGUUUUUAACUGUUAUCCUUUAGAAACGAGGUUAAAUGGGUCUUAUGAAUAUUGGUGCUUACCGGUUUGUUGUAUGAAAGACUGUAAUGGAAGUGAGUAGAUGAAUCUGAAACGUCUUAGAGUUUGUAUUGUUUGUUUGGUGUUACAGAUGGAAACAAAAUACUGUCAAGUAUAAUAUAAAUUACGGGUAGUUAGGAGCAGGUGAUAAAGCUGGAGUUUGGUCUCGGAGUUCAGAUGAUACGAUCAAAGCCCUGCAAUUAAGUUACAGCCUGACAUCAUUUUAAAAUAUAUUAUGGUUUCUAUGGAAUUACAAUAAUACACCACAGUGCACAGAAGGCUCAGUAAUGAUUCUGAUAUCUUCACUGCAGAGUGACAACCUCAAGCAAUUGAUUGACAGAGUUUUCAAUGAAAGAUUCACUUUGCAAUUAUAAUGUUAUUGAGACCAUUGUUAUUAGGGCUGUGUAUUCUAAGCAUUAUCUUAAGAUAUUUUUCUAAUAAUUAUAUGCCAUAGUUCCUGUUUUUAAGGAUGCAUUAAUUGCUCUAGCUGUAGGAUUUCUUAACAUAACUCAUUGUUUUCCCAUGUUGUUAUUUUUACACUCGUGUUCUAUUUACAUAUUAAAAGCUGCAAAAGAUUGUAUGUAACGAAUCCAAAUAAAUAUUCUGACAUUUUUUUAAA